AUGAUAACAUGUUAUUUAGAAACAAGAAAGGAUCUAAAGACUUUAGUGAAAACAAAAAAAAAAAUGAUCCUAACAUAAUAUCAAUAGUUCUAAAUUAUCUUCAUAGUCUCCUUUGGAAGAGGAUAUGAAAAUCACUAAAUUGAGUAUUAUGAGAUCAGAAAUAUUGAGAAAUAAGGUUUCAGAUAUUCCUAAACAUAAUAAUAAUCCUUUAUCAAAUUGUUCUAAAAGAUUAUCUAAUAUUAACUCAGAACCGACUUAAUUUAAAACUUACUAGUUUUAUUUCUAUCCAUAGCUGGAACAAUAAAUAACCAACACUUUUAGAGAUCAAACUGA